AUGAUUACCCAUCCUUCAUCUGCGGCAACUAACACUCGCCACCACUCUUCUCCUCCUCCGCGACUCUCGUCACCAAAGCCGACUCGUGUCGUCGUUUCACUUUGGUCAGCUUUCUGGUCCUGUUCACAUAUCUGCCGCCCAGCGCCGUCGUCUUGUUCAUGGGCUCAUGUCCCGUCCGCUCGUUUGAUCUUCGCUUCUCCUGGUGCUAUACUACCACCACCUAUAUCCCGCUCCUUGUUCCUUUCCGCUGAAUCUCCCCACAUUGCUUGA